AUGACAGAACGCACUGGUGGCAGCGACGUAUCCGGAACUGAAACAGUAGCCUAUCUAAGCCCUGAGAAUGAACGGCAAGAAGGCAAAGACGCUAGUGGUUUCGAACUUGGGCUCUGGGAGAUAGACGGAUUUAAAUGGUUCUCCUCUGGUACGGAGUCGAUGAUGACAAUGCUUCUUGCCAGGACAACAAAAGGCAUCAGUCUCUUCUAUGCGCCGAUGCGUCGAAAGACUAUGGACCAGUUCGGGAAUACUACCACUCAAUUGAACUGCAUUCGUAUCCAGCGACUGAAGAAUAAACUCGGAACAAGGGCCAAUACCACUGCAGAGCUGGAAUUGAAAGGAAUGAGAGCUUGGCUCAUUGAGGAAGAAGGAAAUGGAAUCAAACAGGUCACUCAAGUCUUGAGUGUUACACGUUUGCAUAUAGCUAUCAAUUGCCUGGGGAACUGGGCUAGGGGUCUAGCGGCUAGUCGUGCUUACUCCAAAUCCGUCCUUGCUAAGGAGCAUGUAAAGUAUAGAGGGAUCUGGAUGUUGUUGAACUUUGCAUCACCAUUUCUCGGAGCCUCGGAGAACUUGCCUUCUGAAAAGGAGACUUCCAAGGAGCCGUUUGAGCUCCUGCCGGAACGUCCAGAGGAUGUUCUACUUCUUCUCCGGGUUUUGACGUCCCCGAUUAAAGGAGUAUCUGCGAGAGCAUCUAUUCACGGUCUUCUAGAGUGUAUCGAGUUCCUGGGAGGAGUCGGUUAUCUCGAGAAUGAGAGAUGGAUUUCAACAUUGCGCGAAUGUACCGUGAUGUUACUAGGGAGCGCAGUAAUGGAUUGUCUCAAUAGAUGGAUCCACCGGAUCCUCCAAGACACUUUCGAUGCUUUGCAGUCAGUGAUUGAAAAUCUGGAAACCCAAUGGUCCAGCCUUCAACAAACUAUCAAAGAAUCCGACAAGGUCACACUAAUGGUUAACGCAAAUGAGAUUAUGGAGGAUCUUACUGCUAUUGUGUCUGGGGUCAUACUUGUGGCAGACGCAGCUCGUGACCAUGACGAGACAGCCAUCGCUGUUGCAAGAAGCUGGAUGGAUAUUUCUUUUACUGCAAAGGCUCAGCGAAGGGAGCCUGGUAGUUUAGAGCAGCUCAAAAUCAACCAGGAGAUUGUAUUUGGGAAAAUCUAG